AAAUGCUUUGAAGUCACAGAAAAUUCCAGGAGUUUCCUGUUAACAAGCCUGGGGUAUAAUGUGAACCAGGAGUGUAUGUGUGUGUGUGUGCAAGCAGAGAAAAGUCUCCUCAGUCAGUCUCUCGCUGCUGGUGAGAGGGGUCACCAUCACCGCUGUCUUUGCUAUCCUUUUACCUUUGAGAUUCAUUCCAGAUUUGGUCCACUCGCUUUUCAAGGAUACAGAAUGCUUCAGCCUUCAGUGGGGUUUUGAAAUUGAAAUUCGAAGUAUGAACAUUUCUCAGCUGGGGGUUUUGUGAGCUUUUAAACAGCUGGUGAAUAAUCCACUUUGUCUGUUUUGGAUGCAAUAUUGCCGUCUAUGCCUCUAUGCUGUGGUGAACGCAGCACUACACAAAUGUUUUUUUCCAAGAGGAGGAUUUGUGAGAUGCUAACCAGUUCCAGCUGAUCUACAAACAAACCACUUGACCGUGUCAGUAAGGAUGUGUCAUCUCUAUUCCUCGCACUCGCAUCUGUUGUUGUUUGCUGCCCUGUGGAGCCUCAGCUACCCAGGUGUGCUCACAGCCUGGCCGGGCAUCGGUCACAGCAAACCCAAAGAUCAGCUGGACCCUAAUGUAAGGGACUGGGGAGACUAUUCGGACCUCCCUCCAGGAAUCGAGCAGGGACUGGGGUUGGACGAAGAUGGAGAGCAUGGAGGAGACAGAGGAGCUGGAGAGUCAUCAUCAAGCCUAGCUCCGGAGCUGGAUUUUCUGGCUGAAUUUGCAGGUAAAAAGCGGCUGUGGGUGAUAACAGCCCCAUCGCACAGUGACAACUAUCUGCGUAUGAUGGAGAAACAGCUGGAAGACAUGGAGCAGAAAGGGCUGAACUGCCAUCUAGCAGAGAGAGACACCUUCAUCAUCACCAUCAUCCAGAACGCCAUGAUGGAAGGUCGGAUCCAGAAAACAACCUUCCAAGGAGAAGCCACAAUAGAAAGCCUAGACCCGGACACAGUUACGAAACUGCUGCACUACCUGGAGCUUACCAGCCAGGAGGAAGGAUUCACCAUGCUGGUUCUGAAGAAGAAUCUACGGGUCAGUGAGCGGUUCCCCUAUCCAGUCCGUGUUGAGGCGAUUUUGGAGCUCAUCGAUCAGUUCCCCAUGAGGAAGCUGGAGAAGAUGACAAGAAAAGGAUCAAACUUGAGGUGUAAAACAACUAAAAAGAAGGUUGUCGUGAAAAGGAAAAAGAUGAAGAAAAAGAUGGUGCUGAGCCCUCAGAGGCGAGGAAAUGUGACUUCUGUGGUGGCGUUGCAAAGACAAUCACCUCUGGACAAAAAAGCUGCCCUGAGGAGUAGAAUCCAAGACAUACUGAGUGGGCGGUUGAGGUUUGUUAUUCGUAAGGUGCCUACCGUGGGGUCCACGAGGGGAAAGGACUUGAGCGGUGGUGGUCGGACCACUUCUAACAGACAAGAAAAAGAGAAAUCUCACAGUCCCCCACCUGUGUCAAGGAGCAACAAAGAAGUAAAAAAAGACAGGCCUGACUCCACUGUGGAAGAAACAAAGAAAAGACAUGGAGGAAAAAACAGUGAGGAUAAAAAAGAGCAGAAUGCAAAGGAUGACACACGGGAAAAACAGAGCUCAAAGAAAAAGGGCAAAGGGAAAAAGGGAAAGAAAGGAAAAGGAAGAGGGAAAAAGUCCAACAGAGAGGCCAGUGAAAAGGAUAAAACUGCCUACAAGGAGUUUUUGGACAGUUUAAAGGGAACUAGAAGAUUAAUGCUGAUUUCAACGCCCAGCAGAGAUGCAAAACUUUACAUCCAGCAGAAAGAAGAGAACGAGAAGCAUCACUGUGACCUCGCUAUCAGGAAGAUCACCGUGGCAACCAUUGUGGAGGGCACUGAUGCCACGCUCACGCUGCAACACCACCAGCUCGAAUCAGAGACUCCACUGAGUGACCUGCCAGAGCAGUUCAUAGAUUCAGGACUGAUUUCCCUGUUGAGAGCGGAGCUGGGCUUAUCGUCCUCUGACCUCUUUUCCAUGACCGUAACGGACUACGACAUGAAACCUGAUAGAGUAUUUGAAGCUCCUCCAUCAAGCCCUGCACUGUUUGAAUACAUAGACAACUUUCCCUCAAGGCUCUCAGAAAAAGAAAAAGAGAGGAAGAGUCCUGGAGUCUGCUCCAAAGACAAACAGCCUGGAGCUGAGAAUUCCCUGCUCAGGUUCAUGUCUAAAAGGAGACUGCUGCUCAUCUCUGCUCCCUCUGAGGAUGACUACUCUUUCCAACAGCAGCUCUCUGCACUCAGUGGACAAGAGUGUCACCUGGGUAUUCGUCACUUUGCUAUGUUAAAGCUGAUUGGAACCGGAGACAAAGCCUCAGGAACUGUUGAGUUAUUUCCGCUAAAUGGUCGAAGUCAGAGUGAAGUCGAGCCAUUACCCCGCGACAUGGUCAACAAUCUGAGAGAACAGUUGAAGAUCAGUAAGGACUACUUCAGCAUGUUAGUUGUGGGGAAGGACAGCGAUGUCAAGGCAUGGUUUCCCUCACCUAUGUGGUCCCUGGAUAACAUCUAUGACCUGGUGGACUCCAUGGAGCUUCGCCUCCAGGAAGAGAAGCUGCAGAAGAGACUGGGCAUCCACUGCCCUGAAGACAAAGGAAGAGGAGGCAGUGAGGAAGGACACUAUCAUGGCUAUGACGACGACAGAGUGGAGGAGACAUACUUAUAUCACCAAUCAGAGGAAUGAUGAUAAGGAAAAAGGAAGAGGAAAGAGCAGUGGAGUGAGGAAGACCUACUUAAAUUGUUGAGAUGAGAGAGAACUACCUGAACACAUGGACCUAAAAUACUAAUCUACAGGACUUACAGCAUUCAAUGUAUAAAUUCUAAAUAACUGAUGAAGAUAUAUCUGUUGGAUACCACAAUAAUAAGCUGGAUAUUUUUUUGUUUGCAAGUAAUAAAUUUGAAAUGUGGUGCAGAAAAUAGUUGAAUCGUUUCAUUC